CUUGCAGGGGCUUCCUCUCGGUCUUGUGACACCCAGGCUCUGUGGCUCUUACACCAAAGAUGCUGCUGCUGCUGCCCCUGCUGUGGGCAGGGUCCAAGGCUCAGGAUGGGAGAUUCUGGCUGCAAGUACAGGAGUCUGUGACAGUACAGGAGGGGCUGUGCAUCCACGUUCCCUGCACUGUCUUCCACCCACCAGUCAAUUACUCUAACCGUUAUCCAGCUCAUGGCUACUGGUUCCAAGAAGGGACAUAUCCACACCAGGAUGCUCCUGUGGCUACAAACAACCCAAAUGUUAAAGUUCAGGAUGAGACCAAGGGCCGAUUUCACCUCCUUGGUAACCCCCAGAUCUACGACUGCUCCCUGGACAUCAGAGACGCCAGGAGGAGGGAUUCGGGGACAUAUUUCUUUAGGGUGGAGAGAGGGCCAUUUAUGAGAUACAAUUACAGAAAGAACCGGCUCUUCGUGCAUGUGACGGCUCUGACUCAGACGCCUGACAUCCACAUCCAGGGGACCCUAGAAUCUGGGCAGCCCAAGAACAUUACCUGUGCAGCGCCAUGGGCCUGUGAGAGGGGGACGCCCCCCACCUUCUCCUGGAUAGGGGUCGCCCUCACCUCCCUGGGCCCCAAGACUCCCCACUCCUCAGUGCUCACCCUCACCCCGCGGCCUCAGGACCACAGCACCUACCUCACCUGUCGAGUGUCCUUCCCUGGAGCUGGUGUGAGCACAGAGAAGACUGUCCAGCUCAACGUGUCCUGGAGAUCGGGACCGGUGUCAGAGGUGGUUCUGGUAGCCAUCGGGGAAGCGGCUGUGAAGACCCUGCUCCUCCUCCUCCUCUGCCUAGUAUUCCUCAUGUGAGCAUUCUCCCUGCGGGAAGGGGAGGGGAGAGGAAGGGAGGACCGGCCCAUAGCAGAGUCCCAGAACCAGCGCUGGCAGGGCACAAACGGGCCGGUGGGCGGGGCUGGCAGGAGAUUUACAGGUGCGGGGUGGUGAUGAUGCCCCACCCUCCGAGUGUUCAGGGUGGGAGGUACCUGUGUGCUCAAGACAGUCUGUGGAGCCAGGCCUGCCCUCUCCCAUCUCAGUCACCCCUCCAGCCUCUGUACAGGGAAGAAGGGGUGAGUAUGUUACCCGCUGAACCAUGAUCUGACUAGACUGAAAGACCCUGGUCUCUUUUCUCAGAAUGAAGUCCUGCAGGAGGAAGGUGAUGAGGCCCACAGGAGGCGUGGAGGAUGCAAACAGCAUCCAGGGUUAAUCCCUCAG